ACCGGGCGGACGGGGGCGACCCUCCGCGCCCCUUCCCGGACCCCUGGUGGCACCCGCCCGGCCCUUCGUUGGAACCUCAAACAGGACGCGCUCUGCCAGGGGGCCGGGCUCCCGCUCGGGCGCAGGGCGGGCCUGGGGUCGUGUGACCGCUCCUCCCUGCGUGGCGUGUCCCCUGGGAUGACUUGUCGCCCUCCGCAGACCCAGAGGUGCCUGAUCUAGACCUCCUGCUUCUCCAAAGGUCAGCUCUGAGCAGAAGCAGGGGUGUAGACGCUGCGCAUGAAAUGUCUCUCCCCCAGGACCCGAGCCUCUUCGCCAUGGGAGUGUGGUCGGUCGGCGCUGGGGCCCUGGGCGCGGCAGCCGUGGCUCUGUUUCUGGCCAACACGGACAUGUUCCUGUCCAAGCCCCAGAGAGCAUCACUGGACUACCUGGAGGACAUCGACCUGAAGACGCUGGGGAAGGAACCGAGGACCUUCAAAGCGAAGGAGCUGUGGGGGGAGCGUGGCGCGGUGAUCAUGGCUGUGCGCAGACCUGGCUGCUUCCUGUGCCGCGAGGAGGCUGCAGACCUGUCCUCCCUGAAGCCCAAGCUGGAUGAGCUGGGUGUCCCCCUGUACGCGGUGGUGAAGGAGCAGAUUGGGACCGAGCUGCAGGACUUCCAGCCUUACUUCAAAGGGGAGAUCUUUCUGGAUGAGAAGAAGAAGUUCUACGGCCCACAGAGGCGGAAGAUGAUGCUCAUGGGCUUUGUCCGUCUGGGCGUAUGGUCCAACUUCUUCCGGGCCCGCAGCGGGGGCUUCUCCGGAAACCUGGAAGGCGAAGGCUUCAUCCUCGGGGGCGUUUUCGUGGUGGGAUCAGGAAAGCAGGGCGUUCUUCUCGAGCACCGAGAGAAAGAAUUUGGAGACAAAGUGAACCUGCUUGCUGUCCUGGAAGCUGCUAGGAAGAUCAGACCACAGGCUUCGGCCUUGGAGGGGAACUGAUGCCAUGAAACUAUCCCGUGCAGGGGUAGCUGGGCCGCCCGCCUGUGCCUCCCAGGAGCCAGAAUCCCUCAUGCCACAUCCUCAUUGUGGACCAGGGCUUCUCGCUGCCCCACUCCGCUCAGGCCAGGAACAGGCCCAAGAGCACAGCCCACGCGAGACCGCGGCAGUGAGGACGCUGAGGGCUACUCAGACCUCACCCUGGAGACGCUCCCAGCUGACCACGACCUCUGUAGGCUGUGCGCUAUCGGGAGAUUUCUUAAUUCUGUGUCUUCAAAAAUCCAGGAAAAGUCUGUCGGUCAUUGACUUGAGGAUAAGACAGUACGAGGUUUUGUCUCGCGUGUUCCUAAUGACUGGUACCUAAUGUUUAAGCAAUGCUCACAUAGAGAAACUGUGCUGAGACAGUGUGAUAAAGGUAAGUUAUAAAGAGAAGCCUCGUCUCGCUGUCUUCCAUUCUAACUGCGAGAUUUGUUUUUCUAGAAAUGAUCACCCCUGGCUCUAAUAAAAUGCUGCAUUGGAAAUCA